AUGCCCUCGGAGGAGUCGCGGCGGCUCUUUUCGAAGUUCGCUUCCAAGUGGAACGGCGGCGAGCUCGCGUCGCACCUCUACAACGCCACCAGCGCCGCCAGCGGCAAUCAGCGCACGCGGCACACCUGGGCCUUUGCAAACUCGCUCUCGGCGGCGGAGCAGCUGCAGCUCGAGUCGACGCGCGACUCGAUCCAGGCGCAGACGGGCCGCGCCGCCGGCCAGAACCGCGACCAGGCGGCUCUGGCGCGUGUGGCGGCUGCCAAGCGGCAGCGCGAAGAGCCCGGCCGCGCGGUCGACGAGGCGGCGGCGGCGCUCGGCAUCUCGACACGCCACGACGCGGGAAGCCGCGACGCUUUGCUGGCGAAGCGCGCCGCACAAACCGCCUUCCACCGCAGGAGAGAGGACGAGGACACGGGCCCCGCGCUGAACGACCGGGUCCUACUGGGAGGCGGCGCCGCCGACGACCUGGCGCCGCGGCUGGCGAAGCGGCACGAGGCGAGCGCUCGGCGGGCCGACGCAUCGAGCGCGCGGGUUCGUGAGCUGGAGGCGAAGGAGGCGGAGAGAAUGGCGAACUUCAAGAGGCAGAUGGGCUUGCCUUGA